UUUGAAUUUACUAUUUGAGAAUAAGAUUCCUUUGUUAACAGAGCAUCGGCACGGGCAUGGGCAUGGGCAUGUAGCACAUACCAUCUUCGCUAUUGUCAUUGAAGAUGGGACGAAUGAGGCUUGUGGUGUCAGAUUUCGUUCUAUCUUUCAUGUGGGCUUGGUCGGGUGUUUUGGUUCGGAUAUUUGUCUUCAGAAACCUUGGCUUUGAUCACGACCACCUCGGCGAGGUCGUUAAGACUGCGUUUUCCAUUGCCAACAUGUUCCUCUUUGCGUACCUUUCCAAGGUUACGCGUGGUGGGGCCUACAACCCCCUCACCGUUUUGUCCGGUGCUAUCUCUGGCAACUUUAGCGAUUUCAUUUAUUGCGUUGCUGCUAGAAUUCCCUCUCAGGUGCUUGGGUCUAUUGUUGGAGUUAAACUUCUUAUUGAUACAAUUCCUGAAGUAGGACGGGGACCACGUCUGAAUAUUGACCUUCACCAGGGCGCACUGACAGAAGGAUUACUAACUUUUGCAAUUGUAACCAUUUCACUGGGACUUGCCACUAGAAUUCGUGAAAAUUUCUUCAUGAAGACUUGGAUCUCCAGCCUCUCCAAGUUAGCACUUCAUGUACUUGGCUCUGAUCUGACCGGUGGUUGUAUGAACCCCGCAUCUGUAAUGGGGUGGGCUUAUGCUCGCGGAGAUCACAUAACAAAGGAACACAUCCUUGUAUACUGGCUUGCCCCCAUCGAGGCAACUAUUUUAGCAGUGUGGACAUUCAAAUUACUAGUCCAACCUGUGAAAGAAGAUAGAGCAGCCUCAAAAAGUAAAUCAGAUUGAAGCUUACUCCAUGUUGUGCUAAGUAUCUAGUUCUGUUUUCGCUUCCAUUAUUAUUUGUGCAGUUGAUGGGAUGAAUGUGUGCCAAGCCAAGAACUGCUGGUGACUAAUAAUCAUGGGUCACUGUGCAUUGUAUUAAUGAUAAGUUCUGUGUAAAUACUUCAUAGUCAUACCCUAUCAAUUG